AUGUUUCAGUGCGGCUAUCUCGAGGGACUGCGCUCAUCACUCGGUGGCUGGACGCAGAAAGUAAAAUCAUGGUACUGGGGACGACCUCUAGAAUUGGCCCACAAGUUGUCACGUAGCUUCGACAUGAAAGAAGAAGGUGGUGCUUUACUUGAGGAUCGAGGUGGGAUCCGCAGGCACCAGUCUAUGCAGCGCCUGCAACAUGGGGACGCGACGAUCGACGAAGGCAGAGCGGCGCGAGUCGUUCCCGAUCACCAUGGAAACCUGCAAAUCUCUGUGAAGAAGACCAAACCUAUCCUUGGCAUCGCGAUCGAAGGUGGUGCUAAUACUAAGCAUCCAUUGCCCAGAAUAAUCAAUAUUCACGAGCAUGGUUCGGCGUACGAGGCAGGCGGCUUGGAAGUUGGACAACUAAUUCUGGCGGUAGACGGACAUCGAGUAGAAGGGAUGCAACACCAAGAAGUGGCUCGGCUUAUAGCAGAAUCGUUCGCGCAAAGAGAUAAACCGGAAAUAGAGUUUUUGGUCGUCGAAGCGAAGAAAUCAAAUUUGGAACCAAAGCCAACGGCUUUAAUUUUUUUGGAGGCC